GUGCUGCUGGGUCGUACAGAGGAGGGGGGUUGUUUAGGAAGACGGGGGUAAACCGUCUGUCUCUGAUUAUCUGGUUUAGGCUCUUCUCCUUCAACAUGCGACAUUUACAGCAAGAAUGAAGAGUCUUCAUCAUCCCUGUGACCUAGCGGUUUACUGCCCUGUUACUAGCUUGUUCAAAGAGUACACCUCCAUCUGAAUAAACGAGCAGACAUGGCGGAACAGGACGUUUGCCCUCAUCUGGACUGCAUCGGAGACGUGACCAAAGAUGACCUUCUUCAAAAAUCUAAGGGUACUUGCCAGUCAUGUGGAGCAGGAGGCCCUAAUCUGUGGGCCUGUCUACAGAGUGACUGCUCUUAUGUUGGAUGUGGUGAAUCCUAUUCUGAUCACAGCACUCUUCAUGCUCAGGCAAAGAAACACAACCUCACAGUGAACCUGACAACAUUCAGAAUUUGGUGUUAUGUGUGUGAACGGGAGGUAUUUCUGGAGCAGAGACCUGCUUUGGUGCCAGUGGUCCCUCAUCACUGUAAAACUUCAGAACAGGAUUCAGUACCUCAGCCAACUGCACAUCCACUGAAAGCUGUGCCAAUUGCAGUGGCAGAAGAAGAAGGUUCAGAAUCAGAGGAGGAUGAGCUUAAACCCAGAGGUCUUACAGGAAUGAAAAACAUUGGAAACACUUGUUAUAUGAAUGCAGCCCUCCAAGCUCUGUCAAACUGUCCACCCCUCACACAGUUUUUCUUGGACUGCAGUGGUUUAGUGCGCACUGAUAAGAAGCCAGCUCUUUGCAAGAGCUACCAAAAACUAAUCUCAGACCUUUGGCAUAAAAAACGGCCCAGUUAUGUUGUACCUACAAGUCUCUCUCAUGGAAUCAAAUUAGUAAAUCCCAUGUUUCGUGGCUAUGCUCAGCAGGAUACUCAAGAGUUUCUGCGCUGCCUCAUGGACCAGCUGCAUGAGGAGCUGAAGGAGCCACUAACAGAGUGCACUCUGAGUGGAGAUGGCUUUGAUGUUGAUGACAGACGAGAUGGAGACCGCUCCCCAUCGGAGGAUGAGUUCCUGUCAUGUGACUCCGGCUCAAGCAGUGACCGGGGUGAGGCUGGAGCCACUGGUGAAGGAGAACUGCUCUUACAUGAUGAGUGUGAUGGUGUAAGGUCACCUGCAAGGCCAAAUGAAUCCAGUCCAACUGGUGUAAUCUCGGAGAAGGAGAAGUUAAAAGAAAGAAGAGUGUCAGGGUCGCCGCUUCGUGGAGGCUCUCAGGAAAUGGAUGAAGAUGCAGAUGUUGAUACGGCAGCUGAAGAAGACACUCCUGAAAGAUUGGAGACUGAAGAGGUGCUCACAACCCCAAUCACGGAGGUCCAAACUCUAGAAAACAACCAAAUAUCAAAUACCGCACAGGGGCAGAGCCAGAGUAGCAACACCUCUGAGCCAGACAAUGAAGCCAGAAUGACACAGCCACAGUCCAUCCCCUGCACCCCUGUGCGCACCCUUCAGGAGCUGCACCCUAAGCUGUCCUGUAGUCCCCCUCGUUCUAGUCCCCUUCGCUCUGCAGGACCUUCAUAUUCAUUCAAAAAAGCCCCACUGCUGCUUAGUUCCAGGAAAAAGAAACAGUCCCACUAUCGUAGUGUGAUCUCUGACAUUUUUGAUGGCUCCAUCCUAAGUCUGGUCCAGUGUCUAACCUGCGACAGGCUCUCUUCAACGGUGGAAACCUUCCAGGACCUCUCUCUUCCAAUUCCCAGCAAAGAGGACUUGGCCAAACUCCACUCUUCCAUUCAUCAGAAUCUGCCAGUGAAAACUGGUGUGUGUCCUGAAACAUACGGGUCACAGGGCUGGAUAACCUAUAUAAUGGACUCCAUACGCAGAUUUGUAGUGUCAUGCAUUCCUAGUUGGUUUUGGGGGCCUAUGGUAACUCUUGAAGAUUGCCUUGCUGCCUUUUUUGCUGCAGAUGAGCUAAAAGGAGACAACAUGUACAGCUGUGAAAGAUGUAAAAAGUUACGAAAUGGUGUUAAGUACUGCAAAGUACUAAAGCUUCCAGAGAUUUUAUGCAUUCACCUGAAACGCUUCCGACAUGAAGUCAUGUAUUCAUUUAAGAUCAGCAAUCAUGUAUCAUUUCCACUAGAAGGGCUCGACAUGCGUCCCUUUUUGGCCAAAGAUAGUCCAUCUCAAGUCAGCACCUACGAUCUGCUCUCUGUUAUCUGUCACCAUGGCACUGCCGGAAGUGGACAUUACAUAGCCUACUGCCAGAAUGUGAUCAAUGGCCAGUGGUAUGAGUUCGAUGAUCAGUAUGUCACUGAGGUUCAUGAGACUGUGGUGCAAAACGCAGAGGCCUAUGUGUUAUUUUAUAGGAAAAGUAGUGAGGAGUCAGUUAGAGAACGUCAGAAGGUGGUGGCUUUGGCCAAUAUGAAGGAGCCAAGUCUGCUGCAGUUCUACAUCUCCAGAGAGUGGCUCAACAAGUUCAACACUUUUGCUGAACCUGGCCCAAUCAGCAACCACACUUUCCUUUGCCACCAUGGAGGAAUUCCUCCUCAUAAAUACAACUAUAUAGAUGACUUGGUGGUUAUAGUCCCGCAGAAUGUCUGGGAAUAUCUCUAUAACAGUUUUGGUGGAGGCCCUGCUGUGAACCACUUGUAUAUGUGUGCCAUUUGUCAAGUGGAGAUAGAGGCCUUGGCUAAGCGCAGGAAAACUGAAAUAGACACUUUCAUUAAGCUGAACAAAGAGUUUCAAGCUGAGGAGGCUCCGACUGUGAUCUUGUGCAUCAGUAUGCAGUGGUUCAGAGAGUGGGAGAGCUUUGUGAAAGGCAAAGACAAUGAGCCACCAGGUCCCAUUGACAACAGUAAAAUUGGCAUCAUGAAGGGAGGACACAUACAGCUCAAGCAAGGGGCAGAUUAUGGUCAGAUAUCAGAGGAGACAUGGCAGUAUUUGUUGGGCAUUUAUGGAGGAGGUCCUGAGAUUGCUGUCAGACAGACAGUGGUCCCGCCAACUGACGCAGAGAGCCUGCACGGAGAGAGGAAGAUAGAAGCAGAGACAAGAGCACUCUGAGAUGAAGAGAGGUUGCCUGACUUGCGUUCCUCCCCUGUCCUGACAAGAAGCUGAGGAAUUUGCACCUUCCUGAAGCGGUUGGGUUGUGAGCACUUUGUAAAUGUAGCAACGCAUUGUAGAAAAUUAUUUAAUAUGAGUAACAUUAUUUAUUCGACAGCACACAUUCGCACAGUUGACACUUACUAAAGUUGUUUUAGAAUGGCUGUUUAGACUAGCAGUACAUGAGGCUGCAGAAGACCUUAGCCUUAGCAUUAUUAUAUAGAUAUGAUCUGUGGAGUAAUACAGAAUUUAACACAGUUAUGCACCUCAAAAUCAAAGUGCAUAUGACAUGUUAGUCUACUCAUUAUAUUUCAGAUUUUACUAAAAGUCUUGCCUGUUGUUUCUUUUUUUUCUUUUUUGGGGGGGUGAAGUUUAUACCUUUACUUUUUGGUUUGACACGGGCAGCAGAUAUCACAUACAUUGGUUGAAGUAAUUCCAUAAUUGUUAUUAAAAUGCAUAAUAGUUUUGUUAAACUGUUUCAUGUGUAUAACUUGUUCCUGCAUUUUGGAAGGCAAGUUAUUGGCAUAGGUAGAGGUAAUUCUAUUUUAGAACUUUUAUUCUUAACUUUUGUUCACAAACUGCCACAAAAAUAUAAAAAAUAUUUACCACAGAUACUAUCUCCAAACCACAUAAUAAUUAGAAAAGUACAGAAACCUGUCAUAUGCACUUUAAAGCGUUUCCAAACCCUCAGGAAUGCUUUAGUCAGAAAGGGUUAGCUUAAGAAAUGUUUUGAAAAUAGAUAUUUGUUUUCAUACAAGGUUAAAUAUGCAUGCCACUCCUUUGUUGAGAAGAAAUCAUUUUAAUUGAAAUUCUAGCUCUGUGGGUGCAUAAACUAAGACAUUUAUGUAUUGUAUAUACUGUCUGUUUACAAACCCAUCUGGGGGAGGUGGGUAAGGCAUAUGUACCUGGUGCUAUAUUGGUUUAAUGCUUUUGGGAGAAGUAUCAGUGUAACUGAAGCUUAAGAAUUCUUAGACUUUAAUGUUUAAGUCAAUUUUCAAUUGCUAUUGAUUUUAUAGUAACACAAAAAACAUGAAUUAAUCUGUUUUUUGGUAUUUUACCAAAACUGAAGACAAACAUUUUAUUUUAUGUAUUCAUGAAUUAAUCAUUGGAUUUAUAUAGCCUCUGUGUUGUUAAGCUACUAUUGUAGCCACAGCUGUUCUGUGACAGACUGACAGAAGCGAGGCUGCCAAUGUACGCCAUCGGUCCCUCUGACCACCAAUGCACUCACAUACGCUACUUUCAUACUAGUCUAUGUGGGUGACGUGUCUUGUAGAAGAACACAGCAACAGUUAUUGCCGCUGGCGCCCCACAGUGGCACCUGGUAUUCCCAGCGGUCUCUCAUCCAAGUACUAACCAGGUCCAGCUCUGCUUCGCUUUUGAGAUCUGACGAGAUCGGGCUUUGAUCAGCCGGUAUGGCCACAAAGUAUUCAAAUCUGUGCAUAGACAAUAGACAUCUCGGACGCAAUUAUGGCUCCCAGUCCAUCUACCGGUUCUUUAAAAUGCAGUCUUUGUAAAUAUGUCGCAUCUAAGCCUUGCAAAGCAUUUUACUGCUUAUCUGGACACGCAUUGAAACAUGUUACAUUAAAGUAGGUUUUUGCACAGUGCCUUCACUGUAUUGCUUCAGCUGGAAAAGCUUCUACAUGUCUUAAACUUUCACUCACCUCUUAGUUUGUGGGUUUUGAGUUGAUUUCAAAUCUAUUAAUUUAUUUUAAUUUAAUUAUUUAGUUAUAUUUUAAACUUGAAUCAAUUCCGAAGCACCAUAUUUAACAGUAUUUUGUAAAUUAGUGAAAAAAAUCAUCCUACCUGUCGAUGGAUCUUGUCAUUGCCUUUUAUUGUAAUUAUGUCACAGCUUAAUAUGAGAAUGAGAAAAGAAUGAGAACUUAACGCUUCACAUAUUCUCUUAUGUUCCAAAAUAUGACCCAGAACGACUGCUGUGUGUGUGACUGUGACCACUUCUCAUAAUGAUCAAUGGAAUGACCUUGUUCUGACAUGUAAAUAUACAGAAUACUAAUACUCAUACUGUGGUGGUUGUUUUGAGUUGCUUCUGUGGGGGUAAGUGCAAUAAAAAGAGAAAGUCAUGUAUCUUUUAUGUGAAGAAAAUGUGCAAUGCAGCAGUUUAAGACUGUAUAGUGGUAAUGUUGCAACACUUUCAGCUAUAGUCUGUGUUGGCUUGUGGUACAGUGAGUACUGUAGCUGUGUGUGUGUGAGGAUUUCAUUUCACAGGUGGGCUCUACAUUUUCAGG